AUGGCGAAGUUUUCCAUGAACCUGGCGUGGCGUGCACGGUGGCAUAUUGUUGGGAAGAAGGAGGAAAACCGCAUCAAUGCAGCCAGCAGGGAGCGCGGAGCCAGCCCCUCUGUGCACGACCCCUUGUCCACGGCAGAGCCGGCGGGGCGAUCCCUGCGGAGAGUGGCCGGGACGAGACUGAGCAUGCUCGAGGCCCCGUGGGCCAGCGAGGCGCGUGGGCGUCGGGCGGGCCGCUGGCGCCCCGCACAGGCCGAACGGGCGCGCGGGUGGGUUUGGCCGCGGGGCGGCCUGCGGGCACACGCGCAAGCGCGGGCGGCGCGCGAGCUGAGGGCCGGGCGGCGGCGGCGGGCGACGGCGGCGGGGGCGCGCUCUCCAGGCCGCGAGGGCGCGCUGCGCGCUGCGCGCUGCGCCGGGGUCUGGCGCGUCCCGGCGGGGGAAGGAGACGAGCAAGGGCGCCGAGGCAGCCUCGCCGCCAGGGGACCUGAGACCCAGCUCACAGGUGCCCGGGACUCCGCGGGCCACCCACCGCAGCUGCGAGUGUUGGCGGCUGGCGAAGGUGACGAGAGGAGCAAGAGGGACCCGGGAGUGGUGGCCCAGGAGGUGACGGAGGGGAGCCCUGCGGUGGGAGACAGGGCCCCCCAGGGAUCAGAGGCUCCCCCGGGAGAGAUGGGGAGCGAGGCGAGAAGGGAGCGGCUGGGGAAGGAGGGAGCCCAGGGCCAGCUGGGCCCCGCGGGGAUCCCGGGGCCCCCGGGCCCCCUGGGCCUCCCGGAUCAGGGAAGGAUGGAGAGCCGGGGCUCCGCGGACCACCUGGACUGCCCGGGCCUCUUGGAAGCAAGGGGGACCGAGGUGCACCUGGGAUCCCUGGCUCUCCUGGCAGCCGCGGCGACCCGGGCGUCGGGCUCGCCGGCCCUCCUGGCCCCGCGGGACCCCCCGGAGACAAAGGACCGCCGGGACCUCGAGGCUCACCUGGAUUCCCCGGCCCCCAGGGACCAGCGGGCCAGGACGGCGUCCCGGGAAGCCCAGGAGAGAGGGGGCCCCCCGGAAAACCAGUACGUCCUCCCUCUGUUCUGCAUGAAUGGCCCCCCAUCGGCGCUGUCCCCGGAGGACCUCAAUCUCCUGGUGAAGGACGUGUGCCGUGACUGCCCCCCGGGCCCCCCGGGCCUCCCGGGUCUGCCGGGCUUUAAAGGGGACAAAGGUCUCCCGGGCCGGCCAGGGAGAGACGGCACGGAAGGGAAAAAGGGAGAUGCUGGGCCCCAAGGCCCCCCGGGGCCCCCAGGAACAGCGGGGGCACAGGGGAGCAGAGGGGAGCGUGGAGCCACCGGAGAGGCUGGGCAGAAGGGCGAGCAGGGUCACCCCGGCGUUCCAGGCUUCAUGGGGCCCCCAGGGAACCCUGGACCACCCGGAGCGGACGGAGUCGCGGGAGCUGCUGGACCACCAGGCAUCGAAGGCCCCCCGGGGAAAGAAGGUCCUCCCGGCCCCGCAGGCCCGCCUGGGUUCCCCGGAGUCCCCGGAGCGGAAGGCAAGGAGGGCCGAGAUGGGAAGCCCGGUCCCCCCGGAGAGCCGGGCAAGGCCGGAGAGCCGGGGCUGCCAGGACCCGAGGGUGCCCGAGGCCCCCCCGGCUUCAAGGGACACACGGGCGAUUCUGGCGCGCCCGGACCCCGGGGAGAGCCUGGUGCCAUGGGGCCCCCCGGCCGGGAGGGGUCUCCGGGAAAAGAUGGCGACGCUGGACCCGCAGGGCCACAGGGCCCCCAGGGACUGAGGGGCCUGCCGGGUAAGAGUGGACCGCCCGGAUCUGCUGGGGAGCCCGGCCCCCCAGGAAACCCCGGCCCGAAGGGGAACAAAGGAGAGAACGGCAGCCCCGGACUCCCUGGCUUCCUGGGUCCCCGGGGGCCUCCGGGAGAGCCCGGGGAGAAGGGAGUGCCAGGCAAGGAGGGCGCCCCCGGGAAGCCCGGAGAAGCAGGACCCAAAGGAGAGAGGGGAGACCCUGGGGUCAAAGGUGACAAAGGAGCUCCCGGCGGGAAUGGCCAGCCUGGGGACCCUGGCAUCCCAGGCCACAAAGGCCACACGGGCCUGAUGGGCCCCCAAGGACCACCUGGGGACAGCGGGCCGGCUGGGCCCCCGGGGCCUCCGGGCCAGCCCGGAUUCCCGGGACUGAGGGGCGAGCCAGCCUCCCUGGACACGCUGCGGCGGCUCAUCCAGGAGGAGCUCGGGAAGCAGCUGGAAGUCAGACUCGCCUACCUCCUGGCGCAGGUGCCCCCGGCCCACGUGAAGGCGUCUCAGGGCCGCCCCGGGCCCCCGGGGCCCCCUGGGAAAGACGGGCUUCCGGGCCAGGCUGGUCCCACAGGGGAGCCGGGGCGGCCGGGGCAGGGCGGUCUGGAAGGACCGGCUGGACCAGCGGGCCCCAAAGGUGAGCGAGGAGCCAAAGGUGACCCAGGUUCACCAGGUGUCGGCCUCCGAGGCGAGAUGGGCCCCCCCGGAAUCCCAGGUCAGCCCGGGCAGCCCGGCUAUGCCAAAGACGGGCUCCCCGGGGGGCCCGGCCCGCAAGGGGAGACCGGCCCCGCGGGACACCCCGGCCCCCCCGGCCCGCCCGGCCCCCCCGGCCAGUGCGACCCCUCCCAGUGCGCCUACUUCGCCAGCCUCGCCGCCCGCCCGGGGAACGUGAAGGGCCCCUAGAAGAUUCCAGAAUGCCAGGAAACUGCGGCGGAUUUCUGAAACUUGAACUCAGAGCCCGAGGAGGUCAGAGGUCUUGACCCAUUUCAGCCACCUGUUUUCUUUCUUCGUUUUUUUUUUCUUUUAUUGUUUUUUGUUUUAUUUUCUCGAGAGACCUCCGUGUUAUUAAGACCAACAGGUGCUAGCUGGCGGUCGGUCAGAUUAUCAUUAAUAAUAUUAUUAAUUAUUAUUAUUUCACCUGUUCAUGCUUUGCUCAAGUCUUGCCCUCACCUCUGAAGUUGGGCAGCGUGCCCUGGGGGGCAGAGGCCUGCUUCUCGGCUCUCCUGGCGGCCCCUCGGGCCAUGCGGCCCACGCGGAGGAGACUCUUGGUGCUACGGAGGCCGACCAGACCCUGGCCGGCCUUACCUCUUUCCUCCGAAGGAAACUUGAAAAGACUGAGUCGGCGCGCGUCUGCUUCCGGUCGCGCCCAGACGCCCCCGGGACACCCUCCGCGGGAGAGACAGUGACGCGGGGGCAGGGGUUUACAGAGACGAG